GCGGAACUUCUUUAUUACAAAAUGGUUACAAGUUACAACAUUUACAAGUUAUAACAAGAUUACAAUGUAUAUCGUCGGAGUUGAUUACAAAAGAAAUUGAUUCAAAAAGAUUACAAUUUGAAUGUAUAAAACAUUUAUGAGUUUUAAAAUACAUGCUAGCUUAAGUGACAGUCCUCAAUAAAGAAGCUAAAGAUGGGAUAUACUUAUAUAAGAAGGCCGAGCCCACCGGCACUUAGCACCAUCCACAACAGAACAAACUUAUAACCUGAAAAACAAUAGGGAAUAAAGCCCUGAGUACGCAAUUACUCAUCAAGACUUACCCGACUAAAGAAAAUACUCUCAAGGGUAUGCUAGUUUGUUGAGAAUCAAGGUAAAGCUCAUCAAAUUUCAAAGACUCGUUUUUGCAGAAAAGCUUACUAGUAGUGGAUCCUUAUGCCAAACUUUUACUUCACAGAUUAAGUACUUUUCCUGAAUCUAGAUUUGCCUAAUCUAGAGCAUUCACCUGUCCUACACUAGCUUCAUUGUAGCAGCUUUAGUUUCACUUGUUAUCUACGAUGCAGGGCAGUGAUCCAGUCUUCAUAUCCGAGAAGUAACGACGAUCUGAAUCGAUUAAUACUCAGCUGAGGAUCUCCAACCACACGACAUAUGUAGCACUUAACCCUUGCAUAUGUCAACUCACCCACGGGUUUCUCAAGACCAGAACGGGUCCCCGCCAACCAAGAGCUCAGUACCCCACCAUCCAGCCUCUUGUCAGGUGGAUACAUGAUACUCUCGCCAUCUCUCCACUCCCAUUGCGAGCCGGCCUUUCUGAUAUUGGUCCAGCCGAGGCUAAGCUUACCCAUGACGAGGCAUGUGGCCAGUUAAAGGGUCCUAGAUCAGCAAGCCUACUUUCGGUACGGUCCUUAAUCGAUACAGACGGACGACCUUUCCUACUCAACGUCUGGUCUCAUAUUAUUAUUUCCUUCCCAAAACCAUGUACCAGACAGAGGUAUCAUACUUGAAUGAUGAAUUCAUCACUACAGAUGAUGCUCUCACCAUUACAAGUCCUUUUUCAUAAAACAAACCCAUACCCAGUGUUACACAACAUUCUUUUAAAAAUAAUCAAGUUUUAGUUCUCUAGGAAGGGCUUAGCCUCAUUAGUUCUCUUUAUAAAACAAGUAGCAAGGAGGAUAAUCAAAUUCCAAGGAAUGAUAAUGCAUCAAUUGUUUAUUCACACAACUCCUAUCACCUAAUACAGCAGGUAAGUGAUAAAAGUUUUUAAAACAGAAGGAGGUGGCAAAUACACCGGGGCUUGUCUGAGAUAACACUAAGUCAGUGUUGUUAGAUGAUGUCCGCUUGGGGAGCAUCUCUCGUCCUGGUACUUGACCAGAUCAUCCAAGCUUCAGGUUCGUUCACCAGCAUCAUUUUGGGAUCAACUCGGCUCUUGUCGUCCGCAUCACGUGAUCAAUUAACGAACCGCGGUGAACAGAACGACAACGAACUUCAGUUCAAGCACUUCAUAGAACACCUAAGGAGCGUUGAACUUAACCUUCUCCUCCACCUAAUUCUCCAGAGAUUUUACUCCAUAUCGUACACAUCAACACACAUAAAACUUCACAUCAGCAGGGUAUUAACCAGACUAGUAAAACAACAGAGGGAUUUAUAGAUCACCAUGGGAGCAGCAGAGGUGGCCGGCCACCAGAAACCAGAGAGGGGCAGCGUCCGUAGGAAAGGGAUGUUGGCGUGGGGAGGGACUGGUGCUUGCCGCAGGAAUGGAAAAAUGGCACAGGGCCAGGGCGAGCAGAAGAGCAGGGGGAGCUCGCCAGGAACCAAGCAGAGAAGAUGAUGGAGAGAGGGACGCUGGCCUGCUGCAGGAAUGGGAGGGCUCCGCCGUCCAAGGAAGAAGCUGGAGCCAGGACGAGCUCGACUGGGGCGCUCGGCAUGGAGUCAAGGGAAGAAGACCAGGCGCCAUGGGAGGGAAACCCCUGCACGCAGAUCAGAGAGGAGGGGCAAGGACGAUCGUCCAGGGCGAGCUCCACAUCGCAGCUAGGGAGAACGAGCAGGGCGGCCGGUUGUAGGAGAUGGGGAGGGACUCGAUCGGCGGCCAUGGACGAGGUGGAGUGCGCGUGGGAGCUGGAGGCUGAGCGCUGGAAGCCGCGGCGCAGUGAAAAUAUCAGGGAGAUGAGCGCCACGGAGAAGAUAACGCUGAGCACGAGAUAGGAACGAA